AUGUCGGCGUUGUCUCAGAUUCCCGUGGUUCUUAAUGUUGGCGGCACAAAAUUCUACACUACAGUUGACACCUUGAGAAAUUCUGCUGCUGCUGAGAAUAGUAUCUUCGUCAGUAUGGAUUUAGCAGUAAGUAAGACUAAGAACGGUGAGGUCUUUAUUGACCGUGACCCUACUGUUUUCAAGUACAUCCUAAACUACUUGCGUGACGGACGCGUUAUCUUUCCAGACGAUGGUCUUACCACAGCUUUGAUGUUUCAGGAAGCUAAGGUGAGAUGACG